UUGAAUUUGUACAAUCCUGUGCGAUCAGGGUUGGUUGCACGGCCCAGUGCACCAGGAGAAAGGACAGGGCGCAAUGGACGCUCCAGAGGUUAUCGAUUCAUUAGAAGAUCUAAGAUUGACAGGGAGAGAUGGCUACGUUCCCAAUCGUUAUACGGUGCCCUUAACACAGGGUAUAGAUAUCAACGACCUGAUUAGAGGAGACGGUAGCAUGUUUGAGACAGAUCUCAAUGACAUGGCUGCUUUUGAGGAUGAAGAGGAAUCACAAUAUUUUGAUUCUGAGGAUGUUUUCCAACAGCUUAACUAUGAAGCUAAUGAUUUUGGAGAUGAUUCUGGCUCAGACAGAGAUGAUGAUUUGACACCUUUUCAACGCCUUGCACGUGGUAUGGAAGAUCUCACAGGAGAUGGAGGAGUUCUUAAACAAAUUCUAAGAAAGGGAACAGGGCCUGUUGUACCUGAAGGGGCUACUGUGAGAUAUCAUUAUAAUGGCUAUUUGGAGUUUAAUGAUGAGCCUUUUGAUUCCUCAAGGUUGAGAAAUAAACCAGAAAUUCAUAAGCUUGAGGAAAACAUUCUAGGUCUCUAUCUUGGUUUACGGACCAUGAGGAAAGGAGAAAAGUCUAAGUUUCUUGUGACUCCAGAAUAUGGCUAUUUAGAGAUGGGUUGUACUCCUCGUAUACCUGCAUCAGCAAAAGUACUUUUUGAAGUGGAGUUACUGAACUUCAUUGACCACAAAGCUGCUGAUGAUUUUGACGCAUUUACUGAGGAAGAGAGGAAGCAAGCAUCAUUUGAACAACUUCUUAAAGUGGCUAACUCAGAAAGAGAGGCUGGAAAUGACUUUUAUAAACGAAAGCAAGUUCAUCGUGCUGUGGGCAAGUAUUUAAAGGCAAUCAAAUUACUGGAAAACUGCCAUUUACAAAAUGCUGAUCAAGAGAGAUGGAUGAAUGAAGUUUUGCUAAAACUUUAUCUCAAUGCUGCUCACUGUUUUCUAGAGUUGGCAGAAGUAAAGAAAGUUCUGACCUAUGCAAGAAAGGCUUUAGGUAUUGACCCAAAGAAUGUGAAGGCUCUCUAUAGAAUGGGCAAGGCCUUACAGAAGCAGGGUGAAUUUGACAGCGCUAGAGAUAAGUUCAAGAAAGCACAGUAUUAUGAACCCAACAAUAAAGCAAUAAAAGAUGCCCUUAUUGAACUGGACAGGAAAGUGAGUCAAUUCAAAUCCCUUGAAAAGCAGACUUUUGCACGAAUGUUUGCUCCUGCUAAGAAAGAACAAGGUAAGGAUGAAAAAUCUGUACAGGCACCUGUAGACCUUGAAGCUGGAAAAAAGGAAGUGCUUAUUAAACAAUUAAGGGAGUUUAAAGAGGAGGAUGGCACUAAAGAAAUCUUUUUCCCUACAACAUUAACUCAGCAUGAAAGAGCUUACAUUAAACAGACAGCUCAAGAGUUGGGCCUCAAAGUGGAAGGCAAAGAGGGUACAAACAAAGAACUGAGGGUUACAAAAGACUAGUGGCAAGGAAUCUCUGAGUUGAAGUUUUGUUUGGUCAGAGCUCAGUGACUGAUCCAGCUACAGAGCAACCAGUUGGAUUUAAUCUAAAGAUAUAUUGCUCUCUGACAAGUCUCGUUGAAGGAUCAGUGUAUUGGUUACGUAACCCAACUGUUUGCAUCGUAAAGAAAUUUGCUGUUUUCAUUGACAGGGGGCUAUGUUGUGAGGCUCCAGUUACUUCAAUCUUAAAAUCCGACCAAUCAGGUAAUUCCAUGUAGCUGUGAGUUAUUCCAUAGUUACUCAGUGGUGGGAUGGGUGUUUCAUCCCAGUAACACCAACCUGAUGAAUUUAUGUCUUCAUCACUCUCUUUGUUGGAUUAUUUAUUGAUAUGUUAGGAGAAGUUACAUGAAUGGUUAACUCUUAAGUGUGCAGCACAUUUGAAAUUUUUUGGACGAGUGUUUUCACCUCCUAAAGCUUAGUCUGCUGGGCAAAAGUGUAUCUUAAAUUGAAUGAAACUUUGCCAUGGAU